CAACAUAUGAACUUUUUCAUAUACUGAAACUUGAAAAUCAAAACCUGGACUGAAAAUCACUUGAAGUCUCAACAUCUGAAAAGGAUUCUGAACCAAAUUAGGAUGUUGACCAUAGCAUCUUUUAUUCUCAUCAUCACCAGUAAAGUUGUCUUAGGACAGGAUGACAGAUGCGCUGAUGAAGAGGAGAUAUAUCCAUUGGAUAUGGCAGUGAAUUCAGUUGAUGACCAGUAUGUAAAGUGUACAAAGGAAAUGGAAACCCUGGUGUGGAAAAAGUAUUUAAAUAAUGAAAUCAAAACUAACAAGGUUUUCGGAGAAGAAUGGAAAAAGGGGGAAAUAAAAAAUUACUCUAAACUACAAGAUAACUUGACAAGAAACAAUUCAAUUGCCAUUUUUGUGUACACUGGUAGAGCAUCUAAGCUAUUCAAUCCAGAUGUUUUAUUUGGUAAAGAAAAAUACCUAAACGGUACAUUCGCUUGGUAUUCACUUCACUUUUUCUUGACACAAGCAAUACAGACUCUAAAAAUAACAAAUUGCAUCUUAACAUAUCGUUGUACCAGAGAUAAAUUUAAUGAAACUGUUCUGAAUAAGGAGAUUCGUUUUGGCUUUUUUGCAUCCUCCUCUCUUGAUCGUAAAGCAAAUGUAUUUGGAAAUGAAUCUUGUUUUGAAAUCAAUACUUGUUAUGGUGCUAAUGUGAUACAAUAUUCCCAGCAUCCUCUUGAGAAAGAGGUUCUGAUUCCCCCGUAUGAGAAGUUUAAAGUCACUGAUAUAAAGAAGACUAACUGGUGUAAGACUGUGUUUGUGUUGGAGAGCACAGGAAUAGAAAGUAAUUUAAACUGUGCAGUACCAAAAAAAAUGAGAACCCAGUAUAGAAGGAAAGGCACUGGCUUUCUGUUGUUAUAAGAAAAUAUUGCUGUUUUUAAAGACUUCAAUCUGUUUUCCUCUUUUUUUCACAGGGAUGAAUAUCUAGUAAAUUGAGAUGAUUUGAUUAUUAUAAAAUGAGAAGUGUUUCUAACUAUGCAAAAUCUUUUAAGGGAGGAAAUGCAGGCAACUGUGUAUUG